AUGCCUGAGCUCAAAGCUGUCAUUGGCCAAGAGGUGGUACCUGGACUCAAGGAGAUCACCCAUGGCUUGGAGCAUCGCCUCACUGCACAGUUGGAUAAGGUCUUUAUGUCUAUGAACAUGCCAGGGGUGGCUUUUUCCACUAAUCCAACAUACACCACCUCUUCCCUUCUACCAACUCCCCCAUCUGGAAUGGAUGUAGAUGCUUCACAACAGGAACAACUACCUGUCAUUGGGUCAAAAAUUGGGGAAGACAAGUCAGGACCCAGUUGGAGCUCUUUCCCCCUUGAAAAACUGCCUCACUCAGGAACACUUCCUAGUUCUCUGCUGACCCCCAUUUCCUUAGGCCAGUGGAAUGCAGGCCAUCAUCCUCCACACCACCAUAUCCCUGUUUCUAAUCCUGUUGACAGGACAAGAGAGCCAAGUUCCCCCCUAGGCCUUCAUGCACUUUCUAGGUUGUCUCCAGGAAAGAGGAAGGGUUUGCAUGGGGACAACCCUGCUGCUCCAAAGAAAAAAAGGAAGGCUACCCAUGAAACCCACCACUUGCACAGUGCCAAUCCAGAAGCUGUGAGGGAAAAUGCAGUGCAAAGGGAAGAUGGUCAUAAGCUGGAACAUUCGGGGUCUGUCCCUCAGUAUUCCACUAUUCGAUGGAAAGCACUUUAUAAACCUACUCCCUAG